AUGGCGGCUAACAUCAGACGACGGAUGACAGUCGGACACCACCACCUAUUCAACAUCAACUCUGUCGCCUGGCUAGAGUCAACUCUGUCAGGGCGAGGCCUUCACAUGCACUCCGUUUUAUUUCGACACCAUCUCGGUCUUUGCGGCAAGCGUGUCUCUCGAGACCGAGCAGCCCAGCCUCCCGAUACCCUCGAGAAGGGCCCCCACGCCCGGUUCUGCUCGGCACAACCCAACAUCCCCGCCGCCCCCCGUGACCCCCGAUAUUUCCGAUCCGACCCUCCUGGCGUCGUCACUCCGGAGGCGAACGGGGGCCUAGAAACAGAUUACACAGCAGUCAGCACAAAGUACCUCGGUUACGAGGCAUUUCACUGCACUUUCAGGCUUGCUUGCAAGCCGGCGCAAACAUGGAAACAGACACUAGUUACCUUUGUUGCAGGCAUCCAGCUCCUCACAUCUGACAAUGGACUUGUUGCUCCAACAGGUUCCAUUGUGCCGCAAGUCAGCAUUUCCCCUGUCCUAUAUCGCCCCAUUAUUGUCACCUGCCAUAUCACCUGCCACGUCCCCGUCACGCAUACCACAUCAUCCCGUCAAGGCUCAACCCCGAUAACCGAGUCAUGUAAAUCUGGGCAAAUCCGCCCCUCCUCGCCCCCCUCCCAAUCGUUCUUGGGCCUCUCAUACCCUCGUAACCCCGAGAAGCACCGUAGAUCCUGUGGUCUCCCCCCUCCUCUCAUCCCUCAUCCCCGCCAUCCCGCAAUCGGCCGGGGCGGCCAACGCCCGACGUCCAAAGAUGCCCACUCAACCACUUUCUACAACACACCGCACUUUGCCUGCCGGGCGGCCAUGACGGACGCGGACGCUCUCCACUUCUACCACGAUACUACCAAACCAAAAAAGCGCGCCGUUCAUUCUCCAACACGGCGCCGUCGCAUCUCGGGAAGAAAAAAGAAACCAGAGAUUCUGCACCGCUGCCAGACCAAGGCGGCCCGCCCUUCUCCCACUGCGCCGCAUCGGCUUCCCGCUCUCGUGCUAGGCGGGCAUGCUGGGCAGCCUCACGCAGAAGAAGAGCGUCAGGAGCUGAAGGAAGCCACCCUGGGCAAAACGAGGCGUCCCUUGAUCAAGUUUCCCGGGCGGAGGCGCGCGUCAGAGCCCGAGUGCUAUAUCGGGCCUCAAACAUACCGUCGUCGUCACGGCUCCUCAAUCCCCCUGGACCUAAGACGACGCCAUCGACAAACUAGCACUGCCCCAGCCAUGAUCCAGACCGCAAAACACACCGCAACAUUGAUUCUCGUCGAGGAAUCUCACCUCAUCUCACCUCAUCCCUUCACCGACACCCAUGUUAUUCGGGACCAUGAAUUCACUAGGCGAGAGUCCAUCGUCAUCGACCCACACCCACUUUCUGCCGUCAUCUCUGCUACCCCCCCCUUCGUUUCCAAGAAUCCCAUCCGGAGUCUGCUGUGCUCUCAAAAUCCGAACCUGAAAGUGAACCAUGCCCCCUGUCAAGCCAUUACACACCAUCCCGAUGCAGCAGCCCGCAGUCUUUGUAUCACCCACCAUGGUGUGUCUCUGUGUGUUGUAACCCGACCCCUGGUUGUGACUUUGGCGGCGACUACAUAUGGUAAGGUACAACGCAUACCUACUUGGUCGACACGAAAACUUGGAAAAGAAAACCCCCGAAUAGCAACCAAUCUUAUCAAUCUCUUGUAUUUCCGAUCGACAGAGCAGCCUGGCUUGCGUUCUCCUAUUGGGUACCACUCGACGCCCACACCCCUCUUCUCCCCCGAAAUCCAACCUCUCACAUUUAACCCCGUUUGGGUGAUCCCGAAUGGGAAUUGCAGAUUCAUCACCGCGAAAGACACGCAUGCGCACGCAUUUAACAUCCUAACACAUCCUACAGCACAGCAGGGCUCUCUUGACACCCCGACCAUGACUCUCUCCCACAUAUUUGUCCUGAAUCUGAAUCAAGUAGAAAAGAAACUCAGCCAUCUCCACAUGAAGUCGGGAGCAAGAAAUACCGAAGAAUUACCAGCUCAGACACACCACCCACUUUUUUACUUGGUUCACAUUCACCUUUCGGUAUCACAAUAUCUGACUGACCUUUCUGGAAGUGAGCGUUCUUACAACGCCCGUAAACAACAACAGGUCGCAGAAACGGGCACGACGAACGGGCUGACAAUGAUGGAAUCACAUUCCGAAUCGGUCGACCUGCAUGGUUCUCCAUCCCACCACCACCAACCCUCCAUUGGAUAUACCUGCACGCUUGCCAGCGUCCUCCAAUUCCAUUACCUUACAGCGAAACCCACGCUUAAACUCCAGAAUAGCAAUGGCUCUCACACUCUGUCAACCGUCACGACCCCCAGCCCAGACACGGCUUACCGAAUCGCUUCCGUCUCCCGUAUCUCGGAGUGGGCUCCGAUCCAGCGGGCUUUCCCCACCCCGGCUGUUUCCCUUUUGCGAAGUCUGCCCUGCUGCCCUGCUGCCCUGCUGCCGCCCCCCUUCACCCCCAUCCAUGAUCCGACCCCCCUCCAAGUGGUACCGGUAUGGGUAUCGUAUCCCUUGUUGCCCUUCCAUUUUCCCACUUGGAGCAACUUCUCCCAAUUCCCACUUGGAGGCAUCGCGACAGUAUGUACUGCGGACACCCUCCACACCACUCCUUUUUGGCCCAUCCGAGGGGGACUUCCCCUCGGUGCCCUUGUGCCCCUCAAAGACCCCUCCAUGAGGGAGGACCGCCCACUGCUACAAGCCUAUGUACAAUGCCGUGCGUGGGUGCAAUACUGCAGCACUGCAACCCACAACCCACCACACACAAAAAAUCUCACGAUGGUCAAAGGAGGGGCAGAAAUUCUGAACCAAAAAAAGGUCUCUGUAGUCGCCCACGCGAGUCAACGGCGUCCCACGUGCCCAGACGCCUACCAAGAAAUACAAAUUGGUUUCCCAUCCACCAGGUAUUUCCGCCCAAUGCCACACCCUCCUCAUCUCGCUCUCUUCUAUAAUAUGAUCAGCUACACCGCCACCCCUGGUCCACGCGUGGGAUAUCAUCAGCCGCCCCAAAUUUUUAAGUGUCCUUUCCCCGCCCCCAAAAAUCCAGUCAUGCCGCCGCCGCCUGGUGAUGCGUCGAUCAAAAAGAUCCAAGGGGGAAUCAUUCGUAAAAACUGA